GGAAUUGUGUGACUGUUAUCAUUUAAAAUCAUAAAUAUCUCGAUUUGGGAUAAAACGGAAGUAGAAAUGGAAAGUGUAAGUAACAAUAAACCCCAAAAGGAAACACGCGAGGACGAGAAAGAAACAAACACAUCGACGGAGACAAAACAAAGUGAUGGCGACGCAGAAACUGUCACGAGGAAAGAAGUGGAGCAAAAGGAUGUGGCUGGAGUGACAGGUGAAGAGAAAGGAGCUGAAGGAAUCGAGCAGGAGAGAGAGGAAGAGGAUAUAAAAGUGGUGUACAAAUUUCGGGACUUCAACCCAAAUAUGGUGAAGGCAUGGGAAAACGUCUUUAGUGACCAUUGUGGUGAAGGUGGUGGAGUAGAGGUUUCUGCUGGUGACAUAUUCAAAGGAGCCCCAGCAGCUGAUGCCUUGGUAUCUCCUGCCAACAGCUUUGGGUUCAUGGAUGGAGGAAUUGAUAUGGUAUACACUAGACACUUUGGCUGGCAGAUGCAGCACAGAUUACAGGAUGUGAUCAGGAAGGAACAUGAUGGUGAACUGUUAGUGGGUGAUGCUGUGAUAAUUCCUGCUUAUGAUGAAGCUGGUAUCUCUAAGGAGACAGAUGAAGUUUAUAAUGAAGGUCAGCCCAUCAAAUAUCUGGUGUCUGCCCCAACAAUGAGGAUACCUAUUGAGGUAGAUGAGACACCUAAUUCCUACCUGGCUUUCCGUGCUGUAAUACUGGCUGUCAAGAAGCACAACAGGAGGGUUGAUGUUGAGCCAAUCAGAAGUGUUUUAUGUCCAGGACUAGGUACUGCCGUUGGACAGAUGCCGUUCCAUCGAUGUGCUCAACAGAUGUUAGUUGCUUACGAGACGUAUGUAUUGGGCAACCAUCCUGAGAGACUGACACCCAAAAGUCUUUUCCAUAUGGUGAAGGAUCAUGAUGAGAUGUGCUAUAGCAAGGGAUGAAAGGAUGGAAAUAUUGGGACCCUCUAAUCCUCAAUAUUAUCACACAUCCUGUGGAAGAUGAAGACAGACUAACUCUUACAUGCUGUUGUAGAAUUAUCCUCAUUUUGUUUAAUAUUAAGUUACUUAUAGUUACAUUGUGACGUUUCCAGAUCUGUAUGCCUCUCAUGAACACCAUCAAAAUACCACGUUUUAUCGACAUAUAUCUAAAACCAAAAAUGUUCUUAUAGUAAGAUUUUAGUGCAAUAAGUGUUGUGACUAUUAGUGUUGAUGUCGAAGUUUAGUUCAAUGCUAGUUUUUGUGAAAGCACCUGGAUAUACGUUGUUGCGUUUCCAUCCAAUUCACCAUUCCUAUACUGCUGUUGUUGAAACUUUGUACAGGUGUAGCAUUCAACACUCAAAUUUACUCCAGUCAGCAUGUAGAAGAGAAGUCUAAUACAUUGGCUGAUUUAGACUGAUAGCACAUCGAAGGGAACAAGCUGUACACAUUUUGAACUGUGAUAUUUCUUUGAAAAUGACAUUUGUUAGUGUCUUUUUCAUUUAUUUCCUAUGUA